AACUUUUUCAAACACACGUCUCCUCUUCUUCAAACUUGAAUCUCUCUCUCACACAGAAACACACAGUUGUAACUUGAAAUCCCUAAUCUCUCCACCGGUGUAAUUUUGAUUCUGGCACCGGUUAUUAUGUCAUCACAAUCGCCGGAAUUCGAAGCCCGGCAGCUCAGCAUACCAAAACCCAUCUAUACACUAUCCCCCCGCAUCACCUCCCUGUUCUAUGAUCCCCAUUCCAAAUCCCUCGCCCUACGCCAUUCCGAUUCCUCUUUCUCUCUCUACUCUUCUAUUUCGCCGCUUUCUCUUUCCUCCAUUCCUCCCUCAUCCCAAAUUCUAGUUCCGUCUCCUACAUCUUCCGCUACCUUUUUCCACCUCCAAACUGCUAAUUCGACCGCCACUCUCUUCCUCACCUCCUCCCCUCUCCUCCGCCCCUCGGCUGACACCCUCUUUCGAUUCUAUCUCCUACGGAAACCCAACGACCGGUUUAGUAGAAUUAGAGUUUUUUCCAGUCAUGGGGACUUGGAUUUUGAUGAAAAUAAGUUUGGGGUUGUAUUUAAGGUCAAUCAUGGGGUGUCGGUGAAGUUGUCUGGCGGGAUUAAUGUGUUUUCAAUGUAUUCAGUCUCGAAUUUGAAGAUAUGGGUUUUUGCUGUGAGGAUGGUUGGUGACGAUGGAGAUGGAGGAGUUUUGAAAUUGAUGAAGUGUGCGGUGAUUGAUUGUUGUUUUCCGGUUUUCACAAUGAGGGUUCUGUCGGGAUACUUGAUUCUGGGUGAAGAGAAUGGGGUUAGGGUUUUUCCGCUGCGACCUUUGGUGAAAGGGAAGUUGAGGAAGGAGAAGAGAGUUUGUAAAAGAUUGAAUUUGCAGAAUGGGUUGAUUAAUGGGGUUGAUGCCGCAACCGGUUUUGCAAAUAGUAGUGGAGGAAAAGUUCCAAUUGCAGAGGAGGAUUUGAAUUUGGUGUCUAGUAAGGGUGGAAAGACUGAGAAGCAUUCUGAUAGUGUAAAGUUGAGGUCCAUAAAACUUAGGCAAGACUCUAGGGAUAGUGGUGCAUGUUUUGUGGCUUUCAAGAGAGAUGAUGUUGAAAGUUCAAUAACAGUGAAGAUGCAUGGGAAAUCAGCAAAGGCAACAUCCAUGCAGGCACUAUCAGCAGACAAAUUCCUGAUUUUAGACUCUGUUGGAGAUCUACACCUUUUAUGCCUCUCUUAUUCUGUCCGUGGAUUGGAAGCUGCUUGUCACAUGAAACAGUUAACUCAGACGAUGAAAGUUAUAAAGCUGGCGGUUCUUCGUGAUGUUCCUUCAGUCGAACAAACUGUUUGGAUAUCAGAUGGACAUCAUACUGUACACCGGAUGGUAAUGUCUGGCAUGGAUACUUCUACUGAUGAAACGAAAAGUAAAGACAGCGAGGAAAAGCUCAUCCAAACCUCAGUGACACAAGCAAUUUUUACCAGCGAAAAAAUUCAUGAAGUGGUACCUUUGGCUGCAAAUGCAAUAUUGAUUCUUGGAGAAGGAAGCAUGUUUGCUUAUGCCAUUUCCUGAUCUUGUCAAGUGGUUCUGUCUUCAAAGUGGUCAUGUUUUAUUGGGUAGCUGAUCUCUUCCACUUGAAUGGGAUCCCAGCACAUUUGUUUUGUUGGAAAAGUCUGGAGCUGCAGUUGUCUACCAUAUCCAAUGGUGCAUAUCAGUCCGAAGAUGCUGAGCUCUUGAAUUUUAUUAAGGAUAUCCAGUCUGCUGGAUGAUGGAAUGGUCCAACUGUUAAGCAAGAUUUUCUCAGUGACUUACCAAGCUUCUUCUGCUCCAUGGCCGGCUUCGGUAAUGCUGGGACGAAACUUGGUGGCAAUUUGGAAGCCCUGUUUGCUGGUUCACUGCUUUAUACACUUCCCUCAGAUGUAGUGCUUUUCUGCUUAUACUGAUUUUAUGUUCUCAUCGAACUCAUUUGCAUGUCUCCCUAAUAUCCCAAGGUGUAACUUCGCUGCAAUAUCUCGUGGCACAGGAUGGUUUGUAUGCACAUAAUUUUUCUUAGUAUUUCUGCUACCUGGUUUAAUGAGUAAUAUUAUCAGCAAUAAAGCUUUCUUUAGCCUCUUUGUUAUUGAUUA